AAGCAGCUCACAUGCUGCCAUCACAUCAGAGUGGAAUAGACCGCUGCGUGCGCACUGCUGAUUCUGCUGACACGCUCUGCCUUCUCGUCCCCUACCUGACGUUUCUGCAUGAGAAAGAGCUGCCUGUGCUUGAGGUCUCAGCAGUCUGGCGUUGUGGAUGGUUUGUCUACCUCUAAUCCAAACCAAAAGAGAUUCUGUUGGCUCAGAGCCUGUGAAUGAGAGCCUAAAGCAAGCCGAGUAAAGGUGCACACACAGAGUUGAUUAAAAUGGGGGCUGUGAUCCCGAUGCUCCUUUCUGGAAUAUGGCAGCUAUUUCUGUGGCCAUGCCGGAUGUGAAAGCCCCACAAUGUGAGUACUCCCCAGCAGGCUCUCCUGCAGGCUGCAGCAUGGACUUGUCCAUGGACCUGUCCGUCCUCAGCUCCCCACUGUCUGCUUUCCCUCAUCAUGGCGUGCCCCCCUUCCCUGCCCAGGAUGUAGCUCCAGGCCACUGCAACAACAACAAUGGCCUGCUCAGCAACCUGGGGGUCUACUGCUCCACCAGCAGUAUGCAUCCCCUUAAACAGCCUGAUGGCCAGUCUGGCUACGGGGCGAUGUGCUUUCCACAGGGCUACGUGAACACCGGCGGCACCCGGCUUUACCGCAGCCUGGAAAACCUGCACUGGGCUGCCGUGUCCGAUCCCAAUGCGUAUCCUUAUAGGAGCGUGGACAGUGAGCUUAUACUUCACUGCACUUCAAGCAGCCACUGGUACGACGGACCUCCUCAGGGACCGCAGGUUUACGGCUUAAUGCCUUCCCAUGAAGGCAUGGAAAUCUACGGCCGCCAAGGAGUGGUGAGGAAGGAUAUACCGCCUUUCCCACAAUGGCUUUUACCUGCGGUUGAGGACUGGGGCAUGAACGGAAAUGCUCGGAAGGGUCUUCGAGACAAGCUGCGGCUCCAGAGCACACGUGUGACGGAGCCUCACAAGCCCUUACGUCCUCAACCUGUGCUUGGUAAUGCACCUUCUCCGCUGUAUCCGUGCGAUCAGGACGUAGCGGUUCGGCCAUCAUUGCACAGGAAUGUACAGCAAGAGUUGAGUGCCCGUCGCAUCACCAGUCCCGAGGAGAUCAAACAGGAAGCACUCCGACGACUGCAGCUCCGAAGGCAACGAAGCACCCCUAACUUGACACUGAACUCUAGACAGGAGUCUAGUACCAUGAGUAAAGCUCAUACGGCAGAUCCCAUCUGCACUAACUCUGCCCAGUCGACCCCUGAGAGGAAAAGACCCCAGAUGGGCCGCCUGCACAUACCUACAUUUGAGGAGUUUAAGAGAAUGAGACAAAAGGAGGGCAUUAAAAACCACAGGUCCUCUGAAAUGGAGAGUAACGACAAGCAUAGAGAGGAAAGAAUACAGACAGAGGAAACGCAAAGUGCUGAAAGGACUGACAUUGACGUCAACACAGCUCAGGAUUCGAACCACAGCGGAGCGGAGACGUCUGAGCCCAGUUCCACCGCAGAGGUCCCAGGAGGACCCAUCUGCACAGGCCCAGUUGCUCGCUCUCCAUUACACCCUCAAGCUGCUACAGGAAGAGGCAAGGAGACAAAGGGCCCAGCAGGCCCUGGGGCCACAGAUGUAGCUGUUCUCCCCUUCCCGCCCCGCAGGGAGAGUGGCGAUGGCCCAUCCAGCUGCUGCCCGGCAAUCCUUCUGGACGGAACUGACCUUUCCAGCUAUGGAGCCAAAAUCUACAAAAUGAGGGAUGGCUUCCUGGGAUCCGCCCUGGACCUUAUUAAAAAAAGCUGCAGUGCAGAGAUUGCAGCCGAGUCUCCUGUCCGAUUGUCUCGUGAGCAGAAUGACGUCACUGACAUCACCGCUCCCCAGCCCAGCCAUCAGUCUGCCCAAGUUGCCAUGACAACGUCGGCCUGCGGAGAGGAGGCUUGCAUAGAGCCCGUGGGACAACUGGGGAAAGCAGCGACAGAAUGCGUUUCUGGGGCGGGCUGCAGACGCUCCAGCUCGGACGCGGCCUAUGAACUGGCUGAGUCAGUGAGGGCCCAGCGUGAGUGCCGCCUGCGGCCCCACUACAGCGACCCCAUGCCUGCAGACGCCACCAAGCGUAAGCAGUUAGAGAUGAAGAUCGCCGCCGCGGCACGUUUGCACAUUCACCGCAGAGACAGGGACAGUGGUAAGACUCUUUCAGCUGCACUAAGCUUUGCUCACAGUUCUUGCUGUAAGUAAUCUUAACUCGUGUCCUAGAUUUGUACUGACAGCGGUGUCGUGGGCUUGAGCGAUGAGCGUGAAGAUGAGGAAGAGCCCCGUCGCCCCCGCCACAGUGCCGGAGCUGAGGUAGAACGUGCGGACAGCGGCAUCGGCCCUGGACUGGCUCGGGGCUGGAGGAGACCCUCACCGUUCCUCAGGGCCUGGGACGCUCAGCAGCCCUGUCCCGACUGUGGACACAAAGAGGGGGUCCGCGAGGAAGGCAUGUGUGAACGCUGCUCCAAGCUACGCACAGAGCGCAAAGAGGCCAUCCUAGAGUUUCUCAACACUGAGUCGAGUUAUGGAGAGGACCUGCGCAUCAUCAAGGAAGAGUUUUACUGCCCCAUGCAGAGUGCAGGGCUGCUCACAGCAGAGCAGCUGGCCGUGGUCUUCGGCAACGUUCAAGAGCUCAUUGAUGUCAAUGACAGGUUCACAGAGCACCUGCAGGACAGCAUUGAUCAGGCUUUUGAUCAGGGCGAUGAGGACCUGCAGACUGUGUGCAUUGGAGAAAUCUUCUUGGAGUUUGUCAACAUGCUUCCAGCGUUUCAGACCUACUGCCUGCAGCAGUCCAUAUCUGUGAACAUGCUCAACACACUGGAGAAAGAAAAAGAGCUUCUUAGGAUAUUCCUCGAUGUGUCCCAGAAUGACAACACAGCACUCAGGCGCAUGAACCUGCGCUCCUUCCUCAUGGCGCCACUUCAGCGUGUGACCAAGUACCCAUUACUGCUAAGUCGCAUCAGCAAGGUCACCAACGAAUGUCACCCAGACUACUCCCGCUUAAAAGAGGCCAAGAGCCGCGUGGAGUCCCAUCUAGAGCACAUCAACAUGAAGACCAAACAGGAGGGGACCGCCACAUGGUCCUUGCGCUCUUUCCGGCGCGACAGUCGCAAGAACCGAGAAGUCAUCAACAUUGAGAUGAGAGAGCUGUCGAUGAAGACGGUGGGCUGGACGCGAGAGAGCACGCGCUUCAUCAUGGAGGGGCCACUCCAGUUGGCGCAGCCCGCCGAUGGCCAGUGGCUUAAGAAGGGAAGCAAAUCCCUCAAAUUCCAGAACGUUCAGAGUUUACUCAUGGUACGCACCCUGCGCAAUGCAGACACGGUGACUGAAGGGAGUCUGGAGACCUCAGAGACGGUGCAGGACGGUGUACUGGUGCUCAUCAAGGACAAGAGCAGCGGGAAGUUCACUGUGUUACGGGAGCCAAUCCAUCUGGCGAACUGCGUGGUGUCCGCCGACGCCGACUGUGAAGACACCUUCGAGGUGCUGGACAUCCGACGCGAGGCCUUCGUUUUCCGUGCCUCCGACAAACCUCGCACUCAGCAGUGGUUUCGUCAGAUCAAGAGAUACGCUUGUGAUUUGGGAUCCUGGAGAAAGAGACGCAACGCUCUCCCAAAUAUCAUGAUUAACACAACCCAGAGCCGGUCCUGAGACUGAGCCCUUAGCAACACAUCCCUCAUCCCUUCCCAGCAUAACUCUGAUGUAAAUAAUAAUAAUAAAAAAAAUCAAUAUUUUGUUGAGCGAACAGUAUUUGUGUGGGGGAACCGUAUCAAAGUAGAUGUUUCUCCACCACCGGACUAUUACAUUGCAAGGUUUUACUGUGAUUUGACUGAAUAUUAAUAUAGACUGCAAGAGGGCACUUUGUAUGAGUGGAAAGCAAGUAAAUGACAUUUGGGAAGAGGAAAAAUCCAGUCAAGCAAAAAGUAAUGCCCUUUGGCAUACCAAAAUGAGGGCCUUGUUAGGCACCUCACUGCUGCACUUGUAAAACACUGAUUGUACGACCAGUUUUCUACUGAGAAGAAAUGUUCUCAGUUGUGAAGAGGUAUUUGUGAUAAGCAUGAGGGAACAUGUUUGUGAUUGGAUGGACUUUAUGUGGACUUUUUAGUAUGCACAAGAGAGUGGAAACCUGUGUUUUGUGUGAAGACUGAGGUAAAGCUGAUUUGUUUUCAGAUAAUUGUAAUUCCCUCUUCCCCUCUCUCUCUUCCAUUAGCAUCUUUCCCCACUGCCAUUCAGGAGCAGUUCUCAUUUUUGUAUCACUGUGCUGGUUUACAAAACAGCAAUAAUCUUUAUUGUAUUAUGUAGCAGCAGUCGAGCUGUUUUUAUUCACAGGUACCCAUAUUCUUGUGAUCGGUGAUGUAACAAACAUUUUUUGGUGUUUUCUCCACAGUCUAAUGAGGGUGUAGCAUCAAGUAUUAUGAUCAUUGCCACAUUAAUGGUUGUGCUGAAACCAUCUGUGGCUAUACACCAAAUCUUCAAAUAGAAAAAAUGUCAAUUGGAUGUUUCCCCCCAAAAUGAUGUAGCUUAAAUUACAAUUUUGGUUUACUUUGUGAUCUCUGAGGGGGAGAAAAUAUGUGCCUUUGUUUCUUUGAUACUGAAUGAGUCCUUAGUACUAUUUUGUUCAAGUUUUUCCUCUCCUUUUACCCACGAAUCAGGCCUUAUGUCAAAUUGAGAAACAGAUGUAUAAUUUUUCAGUAGCUGCUAUCAUAUUCUGACUUCCCAUUGAUAUACAGACUGUGCUUUAUGACAACUCGUUAAAUGUUUUUGUUUGAUGCACUUUAAUAUGAAGGUCCUAAAACUGGAGCGAGGACGUUGUUCUGCAGUUUACAAAGCUUUAUUGUACUUUGUUUUAAAGAUUGUUUUAGCUUUAAGAGAAAAAGAACCACAGUUGACUUCAGCAAUAGCAAUCAAUCAGUCAUUCUGGUCUCUCUGUAUGUAUAAACUCAAUACUGAUGGAUAGAAAUUGUCAAUAUCACUGGAUUUAGGUGUUUAGGUUUCAACAUGAAUAUUUACUGUUUUUACCGAUGGCACUGAUACUGUUAGAAAUAUCAUACUGUAGCUUCCACAUUACACAACGAAAAGAGUUGAACCUGCCAGGACUGAGAGCUGAGACCAGUCAAGCUGAUAAAUACUUUUUUCCGUUCUUAAAAAUCCUAAUUUAAUAUUUUUUUCGGUUGUGUAAAAUAUUGUGAAUUACAAUUAAAAAUGACGAGUAUCCAUCUCUCUCAACUGACUCCAUAUUUUCUGAGAACAUUAUUCCCAGUGUGAAUCUUUAUUACAUAACAUUAGUGAACAAGCGAAUGUUUUCCCAGUGAAAAGCGAAAGUCGAAACACCACAUGUGACACAGGC